UGCUGGGGCGGCUGUUCGUGGGGAAAAGGAUGCCGUGGAUGUGACAGCAGCAGUGAGGAACGUCCGCGCUAUCACCAUCAUCAUCACUACCGUCCACCACCGCCACCACCCCCAGUGCCAAUUCCUUUCCCAAUGCCAAUGCCUAUGCCUGUGCCUGUACCCCCAGUUCCUGAGCCCCCUCCUCCUCCUCCUCCUGAGCCCCCAAUGCCUGAACCACCACCACCACCGCCUGUCGGAGGUGAUACCGGCGGCGGACCUGGACGUGGAUGCAGAGCAUAUCUAGAUUGUACCUGA